GACACGUGGACCGGGAAGUAGGAAGAAAAUAGACAGCUGCUGCAGUGCCACUAGAAACAAGUGAUCAAAUAGCAAAAUAUAACUUAUAUACUAACAUUACCUGGUAUCCAACGAAUGAGAGGCUAGCGAUUAGUUUUAAAAGAUCGGACUGGGAAUUUAGCAGUCUUAAUUCCUACAACAGAGACAGAAGGCAGCAUCAUCAAGUUUACGAGUGAAACUUUUGACAGGAGCGGCAUCAUGCUGGAGGGGUAUGGCCCAGUGACACAGGCCCUGCUGGGGACCUUGUUCACAUGGGGUUUAACAGCCGCUGGAGCUGCUUUGGUCUUUGUCUUCUCCAGUCGACAGAAACGCAUCCUGGACGGUAGUUUAGGAUUUGCUGCCGGGGUGAUGCUAGCUGCUUCGUACUGGUCAUUGCUAGCUCCAGCUAUCAGCAUGGCGGAGGAGUCGGGGAAAUAUGGACAGUUCGCAUUUGUUCCUGUGGCUGUGGGAUUCGCCCUGGGAGCCGCGUUUGUUUUCUUUGCUGACCUCGCAAUGCCACUGCUGGGUGUUGGAUCGGACCCGCACACUACCUUGGCCCUUCCGCCCGACUUUAAGUUCCACAAAAAGAGCAACCAUCAGCUGUCCGAGGAGAUGAGCAUCCGGAUAGGUAGAACUGGAACCCACCCAGAUAAAAUUGAAAAUGGAGAUGUGUACCAAAGAAAAAGAGGUCCACAUCCCACCAAUGCAGAGGGCCAGGAAGAAGGAAGCAAACAACAGGAAGUAACAGAAAGAGCAGCAAGCAGUUGGCGACGCAUCCUUCUUCUCAUUCUCGCGAUCACCAUCCACAACAUCCCAGAGGGUCUGGCUGUGGGAGUGGGAUUUGGAGCCAUCGGGAAGACUUCGACAGCCACUUUUGAGAGCGCCAGAAACCUUGCCAUAGGCAUCGGCAUCCAGAACUUUCCAGAAGGUUUAGCUGUUAGCUUACCCCUGCGAGGAUCUGGGGUCUCUGUGUGGAAGGCCUUUUGGUAUGGCCAGCUGAGCGGGAUGGUGGAGCCAGUGGCGGGGCUCCUGGGUGCCGUAGCUGUGGUCCUAGCUGAGCCUCUGCUCCCCUAUGCUCUGGCCUUCGCUGCGGGGGCCAUGGUCUAUGUGGUCGUGGAUGACAUCAUACCUGAGGCUCAAAUCAGUGGCAACGGGAAGAUAGCCUCAUGGACAUCCAUCUUGGGCUUCGUGGUGAUGAUGUCACUGGAUGUGGGAUUGGGCUAAUGUCACCAUGACAACCAUGUGAUGCCAAUUAACUGAUUGAAAAGGGACCAAAUACAGUGUUUACAUGGGAAACACUGGCUGCUUAUCGAUAAUAUGUUUCCAAUUCUGAAGAUGGGGCACUUCCAUUCUGUGAUUGUUUGAAGUGGAAAUUUUCUUAGUAAUCAUAUUUAAUAAAAUAAAAUUUAAAAAAACUGCAGCUUUCAAUGUAAUAUGUUCAAUGUUAUUAUUAUAUGAACAACUUGUAAAGCCCUUUUAGAUAUAUGUAUUCUAAUAAGAAAUAUUACCUCUAUACCUGAUUUACCUGAUGAGCAAUAAUUCUCUUGACCCAGUACAGAUAUUUUGCAUAAGCAGUUCUUGAGGUCAGAAUAAGUCUGCCGUAUACUGUCUGCAUCUAAAGCGUUUUGUUAUUUGAUAAAAAGGCUGUGUGCGUUAAGCUUUACAAUGAUGGCAAAGCUCUGCUCUGUUCUCUGAAUGUUGUGAAAAUCACAAACUCAGUGAAUCAUUAGGGUGCCUGGAAGUCCGAGAUAAGUUUAAAUAACUGCACUUUGCACCACUAAAAUGAACUCACUUAAGACAAAAAAAAUCAGGUACAAUAUGUAUUAUUUUUUUCCUAACCUCACUUAUCUUAGAUAUGAAAUUGCUUAAUCAGAAGUCUACAUAGUCUAGUAGAAAUUCUCAAAUCUGAUAAGUUAAAAAAAAAAAAAAAAACAACCCAAAAAACAAGUUUUUUUUUCUUUUUUUUAAUACAUUUUAAGAUAUUUUCUGUGAGAAACUGUUUUUAUAGUACAGUCCUGAGUCCA